UUCUCAAAUUUUAACUAGAAAAUAUCUAGCAGAAAGGGAACAAGACAAAAUAAGAGUGGUUCAUAGUUAUAGAUUGUGAUGAGAAUACUUAUUGUUGAAUGAGCAGUGAAUGGGUCGUCUUGCUAGUAUGUACAUACAUAAGAGGAGACUUUGGGCUUCGAGACCCACUGUGGUUAACCUGGAGUCAUGGAGACUGAGGUGCUUUACAGGACUGACCUCGGCGGUUCCCUCCCUGUCAAAAACGUCCAAGCUCUCGCGUCUGAGGGCCUGAAGGAGGUUCCAUCUCGCUAUCUACGGCCAGCAUCUGAACUUGAAGAAGUGUGUGAGACCGAGUCUCUUGAGAUUCCUGUCAUAGACAUGAUCAAGCUCGGUGAAGAUCACCCUGAUCACAGAGACGAAAUCAAGAAGUUCCAUUUGGCUUGUAAGGAAUGGGGCUUCCUCCAGUUGAUAAACCAUGGCAUAUCAGAAGAGUUCAUUCAUCAAGUGAAGACAAAUACAGAGGAUUUCUUUAAGCUGCCAUUUGAAGAGAAGAAGAAUUACGAGCAGUUACCUAACUCCAUCGAAGGCUACGGCCAAGCUUUUGUUAUGUCAGAAGACCAGAAGCUUGACUGGAGUGACAUGCUCCUCCUUUUUGUACAACCUGCUUCCCAAAGAAACCUCAGGUUUUGGCCAAAGAACCCUGCCUCUUUCAGAGCAACCCUGGAGAGUUACUCUUCAGAAUUGGUACGCAUUUCGCUUUUCCUCCUAAGGGCUAUGGCCAAGAACUUAGGAAUUUCUCCGGAUGUGCUUGCAAGCAUGUUUGAAGAGGGGAUACAAGGGAUAAGACUAAACUACUAUCCACCGUGCAAGCGAGCAAAGGAGGUCCUGGGUCAAACCUCACACUCUGAUGCCACCGGAAUAACCCUGCUAACACAAGUGAAUGAUGUAGACGGAUUGCAAAUCAAGAAAAAUGGCAAAUGGCUACCUAUUGAACCUGUUCCCAGGGCAUUCAUCGUCAAUGUAGGCGAUGUCAUUGAGAUAAUGAGCAAUGGACAGUACAAGAGCAUAGAGCAUAGAGCAGUGGUGAAUCCAGAAAAGGAACGCCUCUCAAUUGCUGCGUUUCACAGUCCAAAUAUAGAAGCUUCGAUCGGUCCAUUUCCAGAUCUUGCUAGAAAGAGCAGUGCACUGUACAAAACAACGAAUCACGAGGAUUACAUGAGGCUGGUUGUCGCGAGCAGAGUCCAUGGUAAAAGCCUGUUGGACCAAUUCCGACUUAGUGAUGUAUGAAUAGCUUGUAUGAUGAAGAUCAUUUAAAACUUGUUGGUACGUGUACAAAGUUAAUCAAGAAAAUGGACUGCAGUCCCAUAGAUGUGGAAAGAAACUAAAGGUUCUGCAAUGACCACGUUUUGCUUAAAAAUGAUGUAAAGAUUUCCUCAACCAUUCAGAUAGAAUACAAGGUAUUUUAUGCAG